UAAGUUUAAGUAAAAAAGUCUUAUUUCCGUGAUGUAAAUACAAUGUUCUAGAUUUGUGGAUAAAAUUAUUCAAGUUUAAAAUAAAGCUCAGUGCAAUAUAUUGCGAUAAGGGUAAAUUGGUUGAUAGCAUGCUUUACAAUCAUUCCGUUUCUUCAUCACAACGAAUAGUCGCAAGUAUUUUUAUGGACAAUUAUGCUGCAGCCUGAUAAGUCGAUAAGCUACCACGUGCGAGAGCUGAUGCAAACACACAAGUGGUUCAGAGCGAUUGUUGUUGUUAUUAACGUGACAGCAGAAAGAAAACGAAAAAAUGACAUCUAACCUAGUUAAAAUACUUGCUUUCUGUCAAGUACGAUGAUAUCUUUGUUUUCGUCUGCUAGCUGACUGAGGGGUUUCGCGUGACGGGCCAGAGUAUAUACAUACAAAGGUGAAUGGUGACGUUGUCGAUUAUUGAUACUUAUUUUUUCCCACUGGGUUUUUCAAGUGCAUUUUCAGAUGAUACAGCAUGAUUAAAAUUUUUAGUUUUGUGUCGUCGAGCUUAUCGAACGUACACUGGACGCUCAUAAUAGCGAUUGUUUGUGGAUUCAGUUCUUAUUUAUUUGCAACUGACUUUACAAACAUCCAAUUUUAACAGAUGCAAUUUUUGUUGAAAAAUUUUUAUAACAUUUUUUUUAUAACAUUUUAAUAACAAUUGUUAUAACAUUUUAUUCUACAAUGUUUACAGGUAUAUAGUCCUACGUGAUUCUAAAAAUGAUGGAAAGCUAUAUGAAAGAUUUUAAUGAUUUAUAAGUGUCAUAAUAAAAUAUGAGUAAACAAAGAAGACGUUUGCUACAUAAGUAUAAAUAUACCAAAGGUUUUUUCAAUCGCUUGUUAAAAAGUUUAUGAAAGUUCACAAAAAAUCAAAAUGAAUUCUCUACUUCGUACUGUAACAUCUAUGUCUAAUAGAAGACAUAUGUUGAUUAGAGAAUCUCUUCAAGCACAGCUUAACACUGCUAUUAUUGAAAUUCAAAGUGCCCCAGGAGUUUUAGAAGGAACAUCAGUUGAAGUUUGCGAUGAAUCACUUGCUCUAUGCUCUGCGCUUGAAGCAAUUUUUUUACAUGGUUUAAAGGAUAGUUUAUUAAAUAGAGUUACAGAAGUUUUAAGUGGACCAGAUUAUGAUGCUAUGCCCCAACCAAGCUUUUGGGGACCUCUAUUAGUUUUUUCUCAUAGACAAACAAUUGAUCAAAUACAAACAAUGACUCAAAUCACAACUGAAGUUGGAUAUUGCAGAGCUUGGAUAAGAUUAGCAUUAAAUGAAGGUAUGUUAUCAAGCUAUUUAGCAGCUAUUCGGCGGGACAACUCUGCUUUAAAAACAUACUAUGGGCGCCCUGCUUUCAUCAGAGACUCAGAUCUUGUUGAAGUCGCUCAAAGAUUAAUUGAAAGCAUUGAUUACAUCCGUUUUGAUUUGGUUUGCAAUUCAAGUCUUUUAAACUUUUGGUCAAGUACUCCUUUGUUAAUGGCAGCAAUCUGGUCACCUCCAAUGAAAUCUUGUCCCGUUAACAGUGCAGUUGAUAUAGCAAAAACAAUAAGCAUUGAUCGUCCUGAAGAUGACCUUGAGGAAAUAGAAACAGCUAGUUCCAUUGGUAGCCUUAGCUCCUUUAAUUCAUCACAAAACAAUUUAAGUGGAUUUUCUGAGGAUGAAGCAUUUAAAAUGAUUCUUGCUAAAAAAACCUCUCGUCCUUCAAAUCUAGCUUUGCAGGGACCUAGAAGCAGUAAUAAAAUGCUCAAUAGUGAAAAUAAUAGCGCAGAACAAGCUGAAGAAGCUGUGAAACAAGAAUACAAAAGUCCUAAUAUUUCCAACAAAAAAGAAGAAGUUCCAAUUAAAGUUGAUGUAACUGCAUCUACUUCUAAUACUGGUAACUCUUUGAUCGGUAAGCAAAGCUGGUCCACGGCUCUUGAAGAAGGAGAAUCGUCUAUGACCACUUCGAUAAUUUCGAGGACUUCAGCUUCGGAUGCUCAGACGCCUGCCGAAGGAGCUACUUACGAUGCACUGCUCAAAAGCUACCACCAAGGAAGUUUCCAACCAGCACCAAACCUUGAGGAAUUGCUGGAAAAAUAUCCGGCUUACGAGCCAGCUUCAACUACAAAUACGGAUAACAUAUCUCAUAACUCCGAAAAUGACGAAUACGAUAACUUUGAUGAACAAUUGUCAAAAUUGGCCGUCGAAAAAGGAUUAGAUCGGCAAAACUACAAUUGCUAUGACUGUGCUCAAUUUAUUGGCAUGCGUUUCGCUAAAUUCAAUGUUUGUGGGUUUACUGGAAAAUAUUUUUGUUGUAAUUGCAUGUCAACUGAAGAAUUUUUAAUACCAGCUCGAAUAAUACACAAUUGGGAUCUCAAAAAAUAUCCAGUUAGCAAAAAAGCUGCGACGUACCUAAAGGAAUGCACAACUCUCAUUAAUCUCAAAACUGUUAAUCCGAAGAUUUAUAAUGCCGUUGAUUCCAUGGCUCAACUGCAAAGUCUUAGAUUACAAUUAAAUUUGCUAAGAGCCUAUCUUUUUACUUGUAGAGAGCCAGUUAUUGAGUCUUUCCAAAAAAAACUUUCUCCAAAAAAUUAUUUGUAUGAACAUGUUCAUCAGUAUUCUGUACCCGAUUUUGCAGACAUUCUUAGUGGUAUGUUAGCUCAACACCUUCAAAAAGUUGUAGAAUUCGCCAAUCAUCAUGUACACAACUGUUGGUUGUGCAGUCAAAAAGGUUUUAUUUGCGAGGUGUGCAACAAUCCAAAAGUUAUUUAUCCAUUCGAUAUCCAAUCCACUUAUCGGUGUGGAUUGUGUCAUGCAGUAUUUCAUUCUGAUUGUUUAAAUGCCAGUAAACCAUGUCCAAAAUGUGAGCGGAGACGCAAACGAAUGGAUUUAUCAUUGAUAGACUUUGAUAAUUCAGAAAUUAUGAGUAAAAUUGAUAGUCAAAAACUUGAUCUUCAUAAAACGUGAAAAAAAUGUAUAAUUUUAAUUAAAUUCAGUAUUCUUAACAUAAAAGAGAACGAAAAAUUCACAAAUCUGUAAAAAAGUAUAUGUAAUUAUAGUUGACUUCCAUUUUCAAUUGUUAUGAACUAACAAAAAAUAAUUUUUACGAAUCUUUAACUAAUAUUUAUAACAUAAAUAUAAGUUUAUUUCGAAAGUAUUUGUGAUGUA